GUCUGGGGGCGACACGUCCUGGGAGCGCCAAACGGAAGCGCUGCUGGGACUGACACGUGGACUUGGGCGGCGCUGCCUGGGUGGGUUGGCCUGACCGGGAGUUGGGAGGGCCUGCUAGGCAUUAGGACAGGCUGUGCCCCCGUCCUAGCGCCCAAGCCUGAUGCAGCCGCCCCUAGACGAGGCCCGCAGGGACACGGCUGAGGACACCCAGUGGUCCAGGCCCCAGUGCCAGGCGUGGACAGGGGCCCUGCUGCUGGGCACAUGCCUGCUCUACUGUGCCCGCGCCAGCGUGCCCGUGUGCACCGUCGCCAUGAGCCAGGACUUCGGCUGGAACAAGAAGGAGGCCGGCAUCGUGCUCAGCAGCUUCUUCUGGGGCUACUGCCUGACCCAGGUCGUGGGCGGCCACCUCGGGGACCGGAUUGGGGGUGAGAAGGUCAUCGUGCUGUCAGCCUCUGCCUGGGGCUCCAUCACGGCCGCCACGCCCCUGCUCGCGCACCUGGGUGGUGCCCACCUGGUCUGCAUGACCUUGUCUCGAGUCCUCAUGGGCCUGCUCCAAGGGGUUUACUUCCCUGCCCUGACCAGCCUGCUGUCGCAGAAGGUGCGGGAGAGCGAGCGAGCCUUCACCUACAGCACCGUGGGCGCCGGCUCCCAGAUUGGGACGCUGCUGACCGGGGUGGUAGGCUCCGCGCUCCUGGAGUGGCACAGCUGGCAGAGCGUCUUCUACUUCUCAGGCAGCCUCACCUUGCUCUGGGCGUGGUACGUGCACAGGUACCUGCUGAGAGAAAAAGACCUCGUCCUGGCCUUGGGCGUCCUGGUGCGGGGCCUGCCGGUGUCCAGGCACAGCAAGGUCCCCUGGAGGCAGCUCUUCCGGAAGCCGUCUGUCUGGGCGGCCGUCUUCUCCCAGCUCUGCUCCGCCUGCUCCUUCUUCAUCCUCCUGUCCUGGCUGCCCACCUUCUUCCAGGAGACCUUCCCGCACGCCAAGGGCUGGGUCUUCAACGUGGUGCCCUGGUUGGUGGCCAUUCCAGCCAGCGUGUUCAGCGGGUUCCUCUCUGACCAUCUCAUCUGUCAGGCAGCCAUACUGGGCGGGACCCACGCCGGGGCACACGCGGGGUCCACACAGUGGGCUCACGGGAACCCCCUUCUGUGGCCCCCUCCGGUCAGGUUACAGGCCCAUCGUGGUGCGGAAGUUCAUGCAGGUGAUGGGCCUCGGCCUGUCGGGCAUUUUCGCCCUGUGUCUGGGUCACACCUCGAGCUUCUUCGAGUCCGUGGUCUUUGCGUCAGCCUCCAUUGGCCUCCAGACCUUCAACCACAGCGGCAUUUCCGUGAACAUCCAGGACUUGGCCCCGUCCUGCGCCGGUUUCCUGUUUGGUGUGGCCAACACAGCCGGCGCCGUGGCAGGUGUGGUGGGCGUGUGUCUGGGCGGCUACCUGAUCGAGACCACAGGCUCCUGGACUUACCUGUUCAACCUAGUGGCCGUCACCAGCAACCUGGGGCUGUGCACCUUCCUGGUGUUCGGGCAGGCCCAGAGGGUGGACCUGAGCCCCGCCCGCGAGGAUCUGUAGCUCCCGACCGGCCACCUUCCGAGGACUCAGCACCAGCAGCCCCGGCACAAAGGCUCCGUUGGAGACGUGGAACAGAGGCACCGGAGCCGCAGCAGCUCUGAGGAGUCCACAGGAGCUGGCAGGAGGCGCGGCAGACGCCGGGGCUGCGGCGGGCCUGGGGCAGGACCAGGCUGGCCCUCGGGGCCUUCAGCUUCCCACGUCCCCCCGGACUGGCCUCACGUGGCUGUCGGGGCGAGCGGCGCUCUUUCCAGCAUCCAAUCCCGGCAGGCCGGCCCAACCGUGGGAACACGUGCCUGUCAGUGGGGCCGGGCGGAGGGACAGCAGACCCGUCUGUGGUGGGGACUGUCCUCACACCUCCACCGCUCCUAGUCUCCCUCCCCAGCCCUGUCACGACAACCAGAAAUGUCUCCUGACUUUGCCCGACGUCCCCAGGGGCGCCACCGCGGGAGAGCCCCACUCUAGACAGGCUCAGGGCUCCUGCUUCUCCCUCGGCCAGGCUGAGACCCCGGCCGAUGGGGGCCGUGGAGGCCCCGCUGCCCCGCUGUGGGUCUCUGGUCCCUGACGCACACUCUGAGGAGACAGGGCCCUCGACCCGCUCGGCUUCCGGGGCCGGACGCUGCGACUGAACAGGGAGCGUGGCAGCGCCAGGGCAGGGCCCACGCCCGGAACCAGCCGGACCCCCUUCCUGGUCCCCCGCGACCUCCCUGUUCGGGCCUGAGGAGCUGGCGUCUCUGGAAUUGAUAACAGGUGUUGCAAGACGUGUAUGGAGAGGAAUUACACCAAAGCCUUAUUUAAGUGAUAACUAUUAAACUAUUUAAAAAGAAGAUUAUUUAACACC